AUGCUUUGCCAUUUUAGUAUUCCGUGUGUAUCAGAUUCCAUGGCAACAGGUAGUGGUAAUGUUGGCUCGAAAGAAACAACGAAUGUUUCAUUUGUUUCAUGUGAUUUUGAAAUAUUUGGAACUGUUCAAGGCGUUUUUUUUCGUAAACACACUCAAAAAGAAGCAACAAGAUUAAAUCUAGUUGGAUGGGUUAAAAAUGCAUCAAGCGGUACCGUACAAGGUCAUAUGGAAGGUCGAAAAGAUGAUAUUAAUAAGAUGAAAACUUGGCUUCGAACAAUCGGAAGUCCAAAAUCGAAAAUUACUAAAGCAGAUUUUUCAAACGAGAAAACAAUUACACAACUAAAUGGAACAUCAUUCAAUGUUAAUAAAUAG